AUGAGAGCCAGCAGAGGAUUCAAGAAUUACAGGAAGGCAUCUUUAGUGAAGAAAACAGAGCAGAAGCCUACGAGCUGCAAAACCGAGUUAAAAGCCUCUGGAAAAGGGAGGAAAUUUACUGGAACCUUGCGGUCCAGGAUCAAACGGAUGAGAUGGGGUGACCAAAACUCCAAAUUUUUUCAUGCUUCGACAGUACAACGAAGGGACAGGAAUAGGAUUGAUCGCUUGAAGGAUGCACAAGGAAACUGGGUAACUGAGGAGAAUGAAAUAAGACAACUGAUACAGAACCACUUCCAGAGCAUUUACAGCAGCAGUUCCACCUCCUACACUGAUGAAUGCUUAGCAAAUAUUCCAAAGGUUGUGCAUGAGGACCUCAAUAGAAAGUUAAUGGCUAAAGUAAACCCCUGGGAAAUCAAGCGAGCUGUCUUUGAUCUUGGAGACCUCAAAGCCCCUGGGCCCGAUGGGUUAAAUGGGCUUUUCUUCCAAAAACAAUGGCCAACAAUCCAAGAUACAGUCAUCUCAGCAGUGCAACUUUUCUUUGAAAAAGGGGAAAUUCCGAAAGAGAUAAAUGAAACUCAAGUUGCUCUCAUUCCAAAAAUUGCUCAGCCAGAGAAUAUAUCUCACUUCCUCCCUAUAAGCUGCUGCAACUUCAUUCUCAAGGUUAUUACCAGGAUAAUUGUUACAAGGUUGAAGGGCUCAAUGAACUCUCUUAUCUCCCCCAAUCAGAGUGCGUUUAUUGGGGGAAGACAGAUCCAUGAUAACUUGAUCAUAGUCGAAGAAGCAUUCCAUUUCCUUAAGAGAAACCAGGCCAACGGUAAACACAAUGUGAUCAUCAAACUGGAUAUGAAUAAGGCCUAUGAUAGGCUUGAGUGGAAAUUCAUUGGACGAGCCUUACUUGCUUAUGGGUUUGAUGAAGCUUGGGUUGGCUUAGUGAUGAUUCUGGUCCGAGGAGUCACCUACAGAUACAAACUGAAUGGAUCCACUGGCAGUGAGCUUCAACCUCGGAGAGGACUUAGGCAGGGUGACCCACUGUCACCCUACCUCUUCAUUUUGGCCAUGGAUUUUCUAUCCCAUAUGCUACUUAAUGCACAAAAUUCCAACCUGCUCAAAGGAGUCAACCUGGCCAGAACAGCACCACCACUAACACACUUAAGUUUUGCAGAUGAUGCAAUCCUAUUUGCAAAGGCGGAGGAAGGAGAAUUGUAUCAAAUGCAAAAGAUUCUUGAUCAACUCUCAAAAGCUUCUGGACAAAGAAUCAAUACUUCCAAAUCUGGGUUGCUAAAUGGCAAAACUAUGGAUCCUAGAAAGCGAAAGACACUUGCAGACAUUCUCCAUGUUGAGGUCUGGGACUCUCCAGGCUCUUAUUUAGGCUUACCAGCUGAGUGGGGUAGGUCGAAAAUUAGCUCCCUAGGAUGGAUCAAAGACAAGUUGCUGAACAAAAUUCAGAGUUGGAAAGGGAGACUAUUGAAUCAAGCUGGGAAAGAAAUUUUGAUUAAAGCGGUAUUACAAGCAUUACCAACGUACGCUAUGUCAAUCAUCAAAUUUCCAAAAAGUUUUUGCAAAGAUUUGAGUACAAGAAUUGCUAAUUUCUGGUGGAGGGGUGACAAAGAAAGGGGCAUCCAUUGGCGUAAAUGGGAGGUGAUAACUCAGAGGAAGAUCAAUGGAGGCUUAGGUUUCAAGGAUCUCGAAGCCCUCAACCUAUCCCUUUUAGCAAAACAGUCUUGGAGAUUACUGAAGGACAACGAUACUCUUUGGGGUAGAAUCUUGAAGAGUAUUUACUUUCCAAGCUCAGACUUUACCCAGGCUAGUUACCCCAGGCAAUCCUCUUGGGUCUGGUCAAGCUUAUUGGCAGGCAGAGACUUCCUCCUCAAUAAUGCAAAAUGGAAUGUGGGGAAUGGAGAAAAAACUGAUCUAUGGAAGCACAGAUGGGUAAGCUCAGGCGAAGUGUUAGGAGAUGAAAACUCCAACUCAGGAGAGAAAGUUAAGAGCAUCAUUGACCCGGUGAGCAGGAAGUGGAACACGCAGAAGAUUUUGGAAAUUGGCCCUCCUAUUAACCUGGGGAAGAUCCUCCAAAAUCCUCUUAGUUGGACCAACAAGGAUGAUGAGAUGGUUUGGCCUUUUGUGAAAAAUGGGAAAUACUCUGUCAAGUCGGGCUAUACACAGGCCAAGAUGCUAGAAGACCCUGUCCAUCUCAGAGCUUCUACCUCUUCAUCACCAGCAAGCAACCUUUGGAAGAGAAUUUGGGGAUCCAAGCUCCCUCGCAAAAUUCAAGUUUUUCUCUGGAAACUUUGUAAGAAUGCAGUUGCAGUGAAUGAUAACCUUAAAAGAAGGAAUUGUGCAAGAUCUGAUCUCUGUCCAAUUUGCCACACUGAACCUGAAACAAUCAACCAUGCCCUCCUAAGGUGUAGCUGGACUAGAGCAAUCUGGUUUGGUAAUCAGUUGCAAUUAAAUCCAGCCUCCCAUCCUCAUCACAAGUUUGAAAACUGGUUUGCAGAUACCUUAGAAUCUAUGAAGUCCCAGAGAGAGUUCUUCAACUAUGCCGUUACAACUCUGGGCUACACUUUGUGGGAGAUUUGGAAGACUAGAAAUCAGUGUGUUUUCCAGGGGGUUGACCCAAACCCAGUGGUGACUAAUAACAGAAUCUCUAUCAAUCUCCAAGAAUACCUGAGUGCGUUGCCAGAGCCUCCCAAGAUCAACCUUGCGAGUGGUGGAUCCGCUGCCAGAAAGGGAUGGAGAAAACCGGCACCGUCGCAUAUCAAGAUUAACGUCGAUGCUGCCUUCGAUGCAACCACGCGAAAAGGAUUGACAGGCAUCAUCUUCAGAGACUCGGAUGGAGAGGUGGUCCAUGGCUCUACAGCGAGAUUUAUGGCAGCGUCCCCCGUGGUUGCAGAGGCUUUGGCUCUUAGAGAGGCAGUCUUCCUCGCUGCUAACCUGGGAUGUGAUCGAGUGAUCUUUGAAUCGGAUUGUCUGGCGGUAAUUCAAGCAUGCAGAGGAGAGAAGGAAGUGUGGGAAAUUCAACAAAUUAUCAACGACAUAGUUGAGAUGAAAAUUGUUAAGAGCUACUGGGGCUUCUCUUGGGUGAAUCGGUGUGGUAAUAAGGCUGCACAUCAAAUAGCACAGCUUGCUCAUCAUAAAAGCCUGCAGAGGGACUGGGUUUGGCAUCCUCCACCAGAGCUUGCGAGACAACUACAAAGAGACAAGGUCUCUUGA